UAGAAACGCGGUACAAAAGCGGCUGACCCUUGUCGGUUGGUCUCGGGAGAGGGGGCUGGGCGAGGGGACCAGAAGUAAAAGAAGUUUGGGGGCUAAAGUGAGGCCCUGAAGAGGUCGCUGCAGGUUCAGGAGAGAACCAGGUGCUAACAAGAGACAAGAUAUGAAUGAAGAAAGAGGAGUUUCCAGGACCUAGAUAUUGUUAUUUCUGGGGAUACUUUGGCGACUGUUAUAUCUAACUAGAAAUUUCGGUAUAUCCAGAAGAGACAAAGACAGAGCCUCUGCGUUGCCAGCUAUUUUCAGAGAACAGAAGAAAAUGAUCCAGGCCCAGGAAACCCUGUCAUUCAAGGAUGUGGCCGUGGACUUCACGUGGGAGGAGUGGCAGCUCCUGGCCCCUCCUCAGAAGGACCUGUACCGGGACGUGAUGCUGGAGAACUAUAGCAACCUGCUGUCCGUGGGGUAUCGGGUCAGCAAACCAGAUGCACUGUCCAAGUUGGAACGAGGGGAAGAACCAUGGACAAUAGAAGAUGAAAUCCACAGUCAAACCUGUCCAGAAACUGGCAAAGUUGGUAAUCAUCUGCAGGGUGACUGGGAAAAUCAAAGAAUGCUGAAAGGUAGAGAACAAUACCAGGAACAUAAUGCAUUUGGAAAUCCUGUUCCUCAAAGCAAAAGUCAUUUCUCUUUCAGGCAAAAUAAUGAUAUGUUUGAGUUCUUUAUAAAAACUUUGAAAUCACAUUUAAGUUUAGUCAGCCAGGGCCAAAGCUAUGAAAUUAAGAACUCUACUAAAUGUAACGGAGAUGGGAAAUCAUUUCUGCAUGGUAAGCAUGAAGAAUUUAAUUCUCCAGUUCAAUGCCCUGUAAGUGCAAAACCCAUCAGUAGUAAGUCCCAAAUCAUUAAGCACCAAGGAACUCACAACGUAGAGAAAGCCCACAUAUGCGGUGAAUGUGGGAAAGCCUUUGUUAAGAAGUCUCAGCUCACUGACCAUCAGAGAGUUCAUACAGGAGAGAAACCUUAUGGAUGCAGUAUGUGUGCAAAAGUAUUCUCCCGAAAGUCCAGGCUCAAUGAACAUCAGAGAAUUCACAAGAGAGAGAAAUCCUUUAUAUGUGGUGAUUGUGCAAAAGUCUUCACCAUGAAGAGCCGUCUGAUCGAACACCAGCGAACUCACACUGGAGAGAAACCUUACAUAUGCAGUGACUGUGGAAAAGGCUUCCCAGGGAAGCGUAAUCUCAUUGUACAUCAGCGAAACCAUACUGGAGAGAAAUGCUACGUAUGUAGUGAAUGCGGAAAAGGCUUCACUGGGAAGAGCAUGCUUACUAUACACCAGCGAACUCAUACAGGAGAGAAACCCUACAUCUGCAGUGAAUGUGGGAAAGGCUUUACCACAAAGCACUAUGUCAUCAUACACCAACGAAACCAUACAGGAGAGAAACCCUACAUAUGCAAUGAAUGUGGGAAAGGUUUCACCAUGAAGAGUCGUCUGAUUGAACAUCAGCGAACUCAUACAGGAGAGAAGCCAUAUGUGUGCAAUGAAUGUGGAAAAGGGUUUCCCAGGAAGAGUAAUCUGAUUGUACAUCAGAGAAAUCAUACAGUAGAGAAAUCCUACGUAUGUGAUGAAUGUGGAAAAGGCUUCACUGUGAAGAGCAUGCUCAUCAUACAUCAACGAACUCACACUGGAGAGAAACCCUACAUCUGCAGUGAAUGUGGGAAAGGCUUCCCGUUGAAGAGUCGGCUGGUUGUGCAUCAGCGAACGCAUACGGGUGAGAAACCUUAUAGAUGCAGCGAAUGUGGGAAAGGCUUCAUCGUGAAUAGUGGACUGAUGUUACAUCAGCGAACUCACACUGGAGAGAAGCCCUAUAUAUGCAAUAAAUGUGGAAAAGGUUUUGCCUUUAAGAGCAAUCUCGUGGUACAUCAGCGAACUCAUACUGGAGAGAAACCCUUUACGUGCAAUGAGUGCGGAAAAGGCUUCACAAUGAAACGCUAUCUCAUUGUACACCAGCAAAUUCAUAUGGGAGAGAAGUCCUAUAUAUGCAGCGAAUGUGGAAAAGGUUUUGUCAUGGAAACAGAGCUCAUUUUACAUCAGCAAAUUCAUACUGGAGAGAAACCUUAUGCCUGCAAUGAAUGUGGCAGAGGCUUCACUGUGAAAAGCCGUCUAGUCGUUCAUCAGCGAACUCAUACAGGAGAGAAACCUUUUGUAUGCAGUGAAUGUGGAAAAGGCUUCUCCUCAAAGAGGAAUCUCAUUGUACAUCAGAGAACUCAUAAUGGAAACAAACCUUAACAAAGCAAUGAAUAUGGUCACACCUACAGGAAGAAAAUAUGCCUUGUCCAACAUCAGAGGGUUUCACACAGGAUAAACUACCUUUAUAUGUACUGACUGUGGAAAAUCCUAUUCAUAAUUGGUAUUGGUCUCAUUACCCACCAGAAAAUUUACACAGGAGACAAACUGUAUGUAUGCAAUUAAUGUGAGAAAGCCUUCAACACAAAUUCAGCACCUGUUGUACAUCAGAGAACUCAUAAAAGAGAGAGACUCUGUGGAUUCAGCAAUUGGGGGUAACCUUUCUCUCAUCUGUCAAGCCUUGUUAAUACACACGAGAAACGUAUAGGUCAAGGUACAUAAUCCUUUGCAGUGACUCUGAACUCAUUAUAUACAAGUGAACUUGUUCAGGGUACAAACCAUGAUAGUUCAGUGAACUCAUUAAACAUCAGUGUGCUCUACUUGACUAUCGUCAGUGUAGAUUAGCCUGUUGCUAGAUUUCACCCUUGGGAAACUAUGGAAUUUGCAUAGGAGUGAAAUUUAAUGAAUGCAGAGAAUGUGCUAGUGCCUUCAGUGAUGUUACCUCACACUGUAUGUCUAAAUUAACAUGUAGGAAAAAGCUCUGAUACAUACAAUGCAGAAAAGGCUUCAGGAAACAUUUCUAGGUAAUUAUAUGUCUGAAAAGUAUAUACUAAGAUAAAUCUUAUGAAUGGAGAGAAUAGGAAAGCCUUCUGUGGGAAUAAAAACCCUAUCUCAUCAGUGAUCAUAAUAGAUCACCAGUGAGCUCAUUCAUAGUAGCAAUAUGAUGAUCGUAGAAAUAAAACCUCAAUAGUUGCCUGAUAUGCAUGCUGGAGAAAAAUUUUCAGAUGACAAUGAAUAUGGCAGGAUUUCAGUGAUACAUUCUGCCUCAUCGCUUCUCAUGAAUUCAUACAGAAAUAGAAUGGUUUAUGAACCCACUAAAUGUGGAGUAACUUUAGCAAAAUAUCAGAGAAUACUGAAGGAAAGAAGCCUCAUGAAAAUGACGUAUACUUGAGUUUUCUCUCAGAAAUCUAAACUUAUUGUACACCUGAUGUCCAUUUUGGGACACAAUACCUUGAACCAUAUUAUCAAUGAUUCCAUAAUUUUAAAGUGGGCUCUUCUAAACACUGGUUAAAUUUUAAUGUUGUAUACAAUGCAGGAGUGUUCUGUGCCCACCUCAUAUCAUUAUAUGAUUCACUCUUGCAUUUCUUAGACUCUAAAUUCAUCUCUUUCAGUCUAUGUAUUUCAAAAGGAAAAGGAAUAUAUUCAUAUAUGUAAUUCAACAUGUUUGGAUGUAUUUAUCCAAGUUUAUAAGUAGCAUUAAGUAGUUUACAAAAACACCUUAAAAAUGAUUUUUCUAAAGUUUGUUUUGAGGACUUCCCUGGUGGUGCAGUGGUUAAGAAUCUGCCUGCCAAUGCAGGGGACACGGGUUCGAGCCCUGGUCCAGGAAGAUCCCACAUGCCACGGAGCAACUAAGCCCGGGUGCCACAGGUACAGAGCCUGUGCUCUAGAGCUCACGAGCCAUAACUACUGAACCCACAUGCCACAACUACUGAAGCCCGUGUGCCUAGAGCCCGUGCUCUGCAAUAAGAGAAGCCACUGCCUACGCACCUCAACAAAGAGUAGCCCCCACUCGCUGCAACUAGAGAAAGCCCGCACGCAGCAACGAAGACCCAACGCAGCCAAAAAUAAAGAAAUUAAAUAAAUAAAUUUUUAAAAUUUGUUUUGAAAUAGUUAUAGACUUACAAGAAAUUACAAAAUAUACAAAGUUCCCGAAUACCCUUACUCAGCUUCUUCAGUGAUAUUAUCUUACAUAACCAUAAUACAUCAUCAAAACCAAUAAAAUGACAUUGGUAUAAUACUGUUAAGUAAACUAUAGACCUUAUUUGGAUUUCAAUAGUUUUUGUAUGCAUUAAUUUGUAUGAGCUUUGUUUUGUUUUUUGAUAUAUAGAGUUCUAAGAAAUUUUAUCUCAUAUAUAGAUUUCUGUAAACCCCACCACAAUCGGGAUGCAGCAUUGUGCCAACACAACAUCCUCCUGCUACACUCUCCCCCAACCCUGACCCAUGGUGACCACUGAUCACACUCCAUCACUCCAACUUUGUUAUUUUAAGAAUCAUACAGUGUGUAUCCUUUGAGAUAGGCUUUAUUUCCCUCAGCAAAUUGCCCUUAAGAUCCAUCCAAUUUGUUGGGUGUAUAAAUAGUUUUACUUUUUGUUACUGACUAGUAAUCUUUUCUAUGGAUGUACCAUGGGUUUGUUUAUCUGUUCGCUGUUGACGGAUGUCUGGGUUGUUUCUGGUUUCACUGUUUUGAAUAAAAAUCUAUGAACA